AUGGAGUCCAAUGAUAGUAAUUUGAGUGACGAGUUUGAUUGGUCUUUCAAUAAUGCACAUUCGCAAGAGGAAUUGGAUGAAAGAGUAAAAUUGCCAACGUGUUAUAAUCAAGAGAAUGAAAAUAAGGAAAAUACAAAAAAACAAGUGAAAAGUGCGAAAAAUCCAAGACCAAGAAAUGAUAGUGAAAAGUCUUCAGAGUUUCCUCAUGUAGAAUUUGAGGAUGACGUCGAAUUAAAAAAAUAUCAAAUAGAAGUACUUAAGAAGGCGAAAACUAAUGGAUUAAAGUGGAGUGAAUUUUAUGAACUGUUGGCAUUGUCUUCAAUAAUUGUUCUCAGUUCACCUUGUUCUUACCCUGCUCAUAUUUUCACCAUUCAAGAAUGGCAGAUGAUUACAUGUGAAAAUCCAUAUACCAUAACUGAUCCAGUAUUACCAAUAGAGGUUUUACCCUUUUUGCAGAAUGUAUUGGCUGAUUCCUUGAAAGGAAAGACCACUUUUUUGUCCUUAAGUGAUUCUGGAAUUGGCCAAGUGGUUUUCUGA